AUGACUGAGGACAUGUUCUGUCAUGAAUUCCAUCUGGUUGAUCUGAGGGUGAUGGAUAACUGUCUGAAAGUUACACAAGGAGUUGAUCACGUGUUCAACCUUGCUGCUGAUAUGGGAGAAAUGGGGUUCAUUCAGUCCAACCACUCUGUCAUAAUGUAUAACAAUACAAUGAUCAGCUUUAACAUGAUCGAGGCUGCAAGAGUCAAUGGAGUUGAGAGAUUUUUUUACGCCUCCAGUGCUUGUAUCUAUCCUGAAUUUAAGCAGCUGGACACUAAUGUGAGCUUGAAGGAGUCUGAUGCUUGGCCUGCUGAGCUCCAAGAUGCUUAUGGCUUUAGCGAAGCUGGCAACUGA